AUGGCCCAGCGUGGCCACAAAGAAGUCGUUCAUCCAGCCAGGCGACCGACUCACAGCGGAGUAGAGCUGUCUCAGCUCGUCCUCAUAUCCUCUCACCCAUCUUUCUGUCGCCCUCGUCUCAAAGUAGCACAAGCAGGGACACGCAAAAGGGGGCAUGCAGGGAGAGGAGCAAGCAGGCGAGCAGCAACGCAGGCGAGCAGCAAGGCAGGCGAGCAGCAAGGCAGGCGAGCAGCAAGGCAGGCGAGCAGCAAGGCAGGCGAGCAGCAAGGCAGGCGAGCAGCAAGGCAGGCGAGCAGCAAGGCAGGCGAGCAGCAAGGCAGGCGAGCAGCAAGGCAGGCGAGAAGCAAGCAGGCGAGCAGCAAGGCAGGCGAGCAGCAAGGCAGGCGAGCAGCAAGGCAGGCGGAGCAGCAAGGCAGGCGAGCAGCAAGGCAGGCGAGCAGCAAGGCAGGCGAGCAGCAAGGCAGGCGAGCAGCAAGGCAGGCGAGCAGCACGGCAGGCGAGGAGCAAGGCAGGCGAGCAGCAAGGCAGGCGAGCAGCAAGGCAGGCGAGGCAGCAGGCGAGCAGCAAGGCAGGCGAGCAGCAAGCAGGCGAGCAGCAAGGCAGGCGAGCAGCAAGGCAGGCGAGGAGCAAGCAGGCGAGCAGCAAGGCGGGCGAGCAGCAAGGCAGGCGAGCAGAGCAAGGCAGGCGCGAGAAGCAAGCAGGCGAGCAGCAAGCAGGCGAGCAGCAAGGCAGGCGAGAGCAGCAAGGCAAGGCGAGCAGCAAGGCAGGCGAGCAGCAAGCAGGCGAGCAGCAAGGCAGGCGAGCAGCAAGGCAGGGAGCAGCAAGGCAGGCGACAGCAAGGCAGGCGAGCAGCAAGCAGCGCUGCGAGCAGCAAGGCAGGCGAGCAGCAAGGCCAGGCGGCAGCGCAGCAAGGCAGGCGAGCAGCAAGGCAGGCGAGCAGCAAGGCAGGCGAGCAGCAAGGCAGGCGAGCAGCAAGGCAGGCGAGCAGCAAGGCAGGCGAGCAGCAAGGCAGGCGAGCAGCAAGGCAGGCGAGCAGCAAGGCAGGCGAGCAGCAAGGCAGGCGAGCAGCAAGGCAGGCGAGCAGCAAGGCAGGCGAGCAGCAAGGCAGGCGAGCAGCAAGGCAGGCGAGCAGCAAGGCAGGCGAGCAGCAAGGCAGGCGAGCAGCAAGGCAGGCGAGCAGCAAGGCAGGCGAGCAGCAAGGCAGGCGAGCAGCAAGGCAGGCGAGCAGCAAGGCAGGCGAGCAGCAAGGCAGGCGAGCAGCAAGGCAGGCGAGCAGCAAGGCAGGCGAGCAGCAAGGCAGGCGAGCAGCAAGGCAGGCGAGCAGCAAGGCAGGCGAGCAGCAAGGCAGGCGAGCAGCAAGGCAGGCGAGCAGCAAGGCAGGCGAGCAGCAAGGCAGGCGAGCAGCAAGGCAGGCGAGCAGCAAGGCAGGCGAGCAGCAAGGCAGGCGAGCAGCAAGGCAGGCGAGCAGCAAGGCAGGCGAGCAGCAAGGCAGCGAGCAGCAAGGCAGGCGAGCAGCAAGGCAGGGCGAGCAGCAAGGCAGGCGAGCAGCAAGGCAGGCGAGCAGCAAGGCAGGCGAGCAGCAAGGCAGGCGAGCAGCAAGGCAGGCGAGCAGCAAGGCAGGCGAGCAGCAAGGCAGGCGAGCAGCAAGGCAGGCGAGCAGCAAGGCAGGCGAGCAGCAAGGCAGGCGAGCAGCAAGGCAGGCGAGCAGCAAGGCAGGCGAGCAGCAAGGCAGGCGAGCAGCAAGGCAGGCGAGCAGCAAGGCAGGCGAGCAGCAAGGCAGGCGAGCAGCAAGGCAGGCGAGCAGCAAGGCAGGCGAGCAGCAAGGGCAGGCGAGCAGCAAGGCAGCAAGCAGCGAGCAGCAAGGCAGGCGAGCAGCAAGGCAGGCGAGGAGCAAGCAGGCGAGCAGCAAGGCAGGCGAGCAGCAAGGCAGGCGAGCAGCAAGGCAGGCGAGCAGCAAGGCAGGCGAGCAGCAAGGCAGGCGAGCAGCAAGGCAGGCGAGCAGCAAGCAGGCGAGCAGCAAGGCAGGCGAGCAGCAAGGCAGGCGAGCAGCAAGGCAGGCGAGGAGCAAGGCAGGCGAGCAGCAAGGCAGGCGAGCAGCAAGGCAGGCGAGCAGCAAGGCAGGCGAGCAGCAAGGCAGGCGAGGAGCAAGGCAGGCGAGCAGCAAGGCGGGCGAGCAGCCAAGGCAGGCGAGCAGCAAGGCAGGCGAGCAGCAAGGCAGGCGAGCAGCAAGGCAGGCGAGCAGCAAGGCAGGCGAGCAGCAAGGCAGGCGAGCAGCAAGGCAGGCGAGCAGCAAGGCAGGCGAGCAGCAAGGCAGGCGAGCAGCAAGGCAGGCGAGCAGCAAGGCAGGCGAGCAGCAAGGCAGGCGAGCAGCAAGGCAGGCGAGCAGCAAGGCAGGCGAGCAGCAAGGCAGGCGAGCAGCAAGGCAGGCGAGCAGCAAGGCAGGCGAGCAGCAAGGCAGGCGAGCAGCAAGGCAGGCGAGCAGCAAGGCAGGCGAGCAGCAAGGCAGGCGCAGCAAGGCAGGCGAGCAGCAAGGCAGGCGAGCAGCAAGGCAGGCGAGCAGCAAGGCAGGCGAGCAGCAAGGCAGGCGAGCAGCAAGGCAGGCGAGCAGCAAGGCAGGCGAGCAGCAAGGCAGGCGAGCAGCAAGGCAGGCGAGCAGCAAGGCAGGCGAGCAGCAAGGCAGGCGAGCAGCAAGGCAGGCGAGCAGCAAGGCAGGCGAGCAGCAAGGCAGGCGAGCAGCAAGGCAGGCGAGCAGCAAGGCAGGCGAGCAGCAAGGCAGGCGAGCAGCAAGGCAGGCGAGCAGCAAGGCAGGCGAGCAGCAAGGCAGGCGAGCAGCAAGGCAGGCGAGCAGCAAGGCAGGCGAGCAGCAAGGCAGGCGAGCAGCAAGGCAGGCGAGCAGCAAGGCAGGCGAGCAGCAAGGCAGGCGAGCAGCAAGGCAGGCGAGCAGCAAGGCAGGCGAGCAGCAAGGCAGGCGAGCAGCAAGGCAGGCGAGCAGCAAGGCAGGCGAGCAGCAAGGCAGGCGAGCAGCAAGGCAGGCGAGCAGCAAGGCAGGCGAGCAGCAAGGCAGGCGAGCAGCAAGGCAGGCGAGCAGCAAGGCAGGCGAGCAGCAAGGCAGGCGAGCAGCAAGGCAGGCGAGCAGCAAGGCAGGCGAGCAGCAAGGCAGGCGAGCAGCAAGGCAGGCGAGAGCAAGCAGGAGCAGCAAGGCGGAGCAGCAAGGCAGGCGAGCAGCAAGGCAGGCGAGCAGCAAGGCAGGCGAGCAGCAAGGCAGGCGAGCAGCAAGGCAGGCGAGCAGCAAGGCAGGCGAGCAGCAAGGCAGGCGAGCAGCAAGGCAGGCGGAGCAGCAAGGCAGGCGAGCAGCAAGGCAGGCGAGCAGCAAGGCAGGCGAGCAGCAAGGCAGGCGAGCAGCAAGGCAGGCGAGCAGCAAGGCAGGCGAGCAGCAAGGCAGGCGAGCAGCAAGGCAGCGAGCAGCAAGGCAGGCGAGCAGCAAGGCAGGCGAGCAGCAAGGCAGGCGAGCAGCAAGGCAGGCGAGCAGCAAGGCAGGCGAGCAGCAAGGCAGGCGAGCAGCAAGGCAGGCGAGCAGCAAGGCAGGCGAGCAGCAAGGCAGGCGAGCAGCAAGGCAGGCGAGCAGCAAGGCAGGCGAGCAGCAAGGCAGGCGAGCAGCAAGGCAGGCGAGCAGCCAAGGCAGGCGAGCAGCAAGGCAGGCGAGCAGCAAGGCAGGCGAGCAGCAAGGCAGGCGAGCAGCAAGGCAGGCGAGCAGCAAGGCAGGCGAGCAGCAAGGCAGGCGAGCAGCAAGGCAGGCGAGCAGCAAGGCAGGCGAGCAGCAAGGCAGUGCGAGCAGCAAGGCAGGCGAGCAGCAAGGCAGGGCGAGCAGCAAGGCAGGCGAGCAGCAAGGCAGGCGAGCAGCAAGGCAGGCGAGCAGCAAGGCAGGCGAGCAGCAAGGCAGGCGAGCAGCAAGGCAGGCGAGCAGCAAGGCAGGCGAGCAGCAAGGCAGGCGAGCAGCAAGGCAGGCGAGCAGCAAGGCAGGCGAGCAGCAAGGCAGGCGAGCAGCAAGGCAGGCGAGCAGCAAGGCAGGCGAGCAGCAAGGCAGGCGAGCAGCAAGGCAGGCGAGCAGCAAGGCAGGCGAGCAGCAAGGCAGGCGAGCAGCAAGGCAGGCGAGCAGCAAGGCAGGCGAGCAGCAAGGCAGGCGAGCAGCAAGGCAGGCGAGCAGCAAGGCAGGCGAGCAGCAAGGCAGGCGAGCAGCAAGGCAGGCGAGCAGCAAGGCAGGCGAGCAGCAAGGCAGGCGAGCAGCAAGGCAGGCGAGCAGCAAGGCAGGCGAGCAGCAAGGCAGGCGAGCAGCAAGGCAGGCGAGCAGCAAGGCAGGCGAGCAGCAAGGCAGGCGAGCAGCAAGGCAGGCGAGCAGCAAGGCAGGCGAGCAGCAAGGCAGGCGAGCAAGCAAGGCAGGCGAGCAGCAAGGCAGGCGAGCAGCAAGGCAGGCGAGCAGCAAGGCAGGCGAGCAGCAAGGCAGGCGAGCAGCAAGGCAGGCGAGCAGCAAGGCAGGCGAGCAGCAAGGCAGGCGAGCAGCAAGGCAGGCGAGCAGCAAGGCAGGCGAGCAGCAAGGCAGGCGAGCAGCAAGGCAGGCGAGCAGCAAGGCAGGCGAGCAGCAAGGCAGGCGAGCAGCAAGGCAGGCGAGCAGCAAGGCAGGCAGGCGAGCAGCAAGGCAGGCGAGCAGCAAGGCAGGCGAGCAGCAAGGCAGGCGAGCAGCAAGGCAGGCGAGCAGCAAGGCAGGCGAGCAGCAAGGCAGGCGAGCAGCAAGGCAGGCGAGCAGCAAGGCAGGCGAGCAGCAAGGCAGGCGAGCAGCAAGGCAGGCGAGCAGCAAGGCAGGCGAGCAGCAAGGCAGGCGAGCAGCAAGGCAGGCGAGCAGCAAGGCAGGCGAGCAGCAAGGCAGGCGAGCAGCAAGGCAGGCGAGCAGCAAGGCAGGCGAGCAGCAAGGCAGGCGAGCAGCAAGGCAGGCGAGCAGCAAGGCAGGCGAGCAGCAAGGCAGGCGAGCAGCAAGGCAGGCGAGCAGCAAGGCAGGCGAGCAGCAAGGCAGGCGAGCAGCAAGGCAGGCGAGCAGCAAGGCAGGCGAGAGCAGCAAGGCAGGGCGAGGCAGCAAGGCAGGCGAGCAGCAAGGCAGGCGAGCAGCAAGGCAGGCGAGCAGCAAGGCAGGCGAGCAGCAAGGCAGGCGAGCAGCAAGGGCAGGCGAGCAGCAAGGCAGGCGAGCAGCAAGGCAGGCGAGCAGCAAGGCAGGCGAGCAGCAAGGCAGGCGAGCAGCAAUCCAGAAUAGCAGCAAGGCAGGCGAGCAGCAAGGCAGGCGAGCAGCAAGGCAGUGCGAAGCAAGCAGGAGAGCAGCAAGGCAGGCGAGCAGCAAGGCAGGCGAGCAGCAAGGCAGGCGAGCAGCAAGGCAGGCGAGCAGCAAGGCAGGCGAGCAGCAAGGCAGGCGAGCAGCAAGGCAGGCGAGCAGCAAGGCAGGCGAGCAGCAAGGCAGGCGAGCAGCAAGGCAGGCGAGCAGCAAGGCAGGCGGCAGCAAGGCAGGCGAGCAGCAAGGCAGGCGAGCAGCAAGGCAGGCGAGCAGCAAGGCAGGCGAGCAGCAAGGCAGGCGAGCAGCAAGGCAGGCGAGCAGCAAGGCAGGCGAGCAGCAAGGCAGGCGAGCAGCAAGGCAGGCGAGCAGCAAGGCAGGCGAGCAGCAAGGCAGGCGAGCAGCAAGGAGGCGAGCAAAGGCAGGCGAGCAGCAAGGCAGGCGAGCAGCAAGGCAGGCGAGCAGCAAGGCAGGCGAGCAGCAAGGCAGGCGAGCAGCAAGGCAGGCGAGCAGCAAGGCAGGCGAGCAGCAAGGCAGGCGAGCAAGCAAGGCAGGCGAGCAGCAAGGCAGGCGAGCAGCAAGGCAGGCGAAGCAGCAAGGCAGGCGAGCAGCAAGGCAGGCGAGCAGCAAGGCAGGCGAGCAGCAAGGCAGGCGAGCAGCAAGGCAGGCGAGCAGCAAGGCAGGCGAGCAGCAAGGCAGGCGAGCAGCAAGGCAGGCGAGCAGCAAGGCAGGCGAGCAGCAAGGCAGGCGAGCAGCAAGGCAGGCGAGCAGCAAGGCAGGCGAGCAGCAAGGCAGGCGAGCAGCAAGGCAGGCGAGCAGCAAGGCAGGCGAGCAGCAAGGCAGGCGAGCAGCAAGGCAGGCGAGCAGCAAGGCAGGCGAGCAGCAAGGCAGGCGAGCAGCAAGGCAGGCGAGCAGCAAGGCAGGCGAGCAGCAAGGCAGGCGAGCAGCAAGGCAGGCGAGCAGCAAGGCAGGCGAGCAGCAAGGCAGGCGAGCAGCAAGGCAGGCGAGCAGCAAGGCAGGCGAGCAGCAAGGCAGGCGAGCAGCAAGGCAGGCGAGCAGCAAGGCAGGCGAGCAGCAAGGCAGGCGAGCAGCAAGGCAGGCGAGCAGCAAGGCAGGCGAGCAGCAAGGCAGGCGAGCAAGGCAGGCGAGCAGCAAGGCAGGCGAGCAGCAAGGCAGGCGAGCAGCAAGGCAGGCGAGCAGCAAGGCAGGCGAGCAGCAAGGCAGGCGAGCAGCAAGGCAGGCGAGCAGCAAGGCAGGCGAGCAGCAAGGCAGGCGAGCAGCAAGGCAGGCGAGCAGCAAGGCAGGCGAGCAGCAAGGCAGGCGAGCAGCAAGGCAGGCGAGCAGCAAGGCAGGCGAGCAGCAAGGCAGGCGAGCAGCAAGGCAGGCGAGCAGCAAGGCAGGCGAGCAGCAAGGCAGGCGAGCAGCAAGGCAGGCGAGCAGCAAGGCAGGCGAGCAGCAAGGCAGGCGAGCAGCAAGGCAGGCGAGCAGCAAGGCAGGCGAGCAGCAAGGCAGGCGAGCAGCAAGGCAGGCGAGCAGCAAGGCAGGCGAGCAGCAAGGCAGGCGAGCAGCAAGGCAGGCGAGCAGCAAGGCAGGCGAGCAGCAAGGCAGGCGAGCAGCAAGGCAGGCGAGCAGCAAGGCAGGCGAGCAGCAAGGCAGGCGAGCAGCAAGGCAGGCGAGCAGCAAGGCAGGCGAGCAGCAAGGCAGGCGAGCAGCAAGGCAGGCGAGCAGCAAGGCAGGCGAGCAGCAAGGCAGGCGAGCAGCAAGGCAGGCGAGCAGCAAGGCAGGCGAGCAGCAAGGCAGGCGAGCAGCAAGGCAGGCGAGCAGCAAGGCAGGCGAGCAGCAAGGCAGGCGAGCAGCAAGGCAGGCGAGCAGCAAGGCAGGCGAGCAGCAAGGCAGGCGAGCAGCAAGGCAGGCGAGCAGCAAGGCAGGCGAGCAGCAAGGCAGGCGAGCAGCAAGGCAGGCGAGCAGCAAGGCAGGCGAGCAGCAAGGCAGGCGAGCAGCAAGGCAGGCGAGCAGCAAGGCAGGCGAGCAGCAAGGCAGGCGAGCAGCAAGGCAGGCGAGCAGCAAGGCAGGCGAGCAGCAAGGCAGGCGAGCAGCAAGGCAGGCGAGCAGCAGCAGGCGAGCAGCAAGGCAGGCGAGCAGCAAGGCAGGCGAGCAGCAAGGCAGGCGAGCAGCAAGGCAGGCGAGCAGCAAGGCAGGCGAGCAGCAAGGCAGGCGAGCAGCAAGGCAGGCGAGCAGCAAGGCAGGCGAGCAGCAAGGCAGGCGAGCAGCAAGGCAGGCGAGCAGCAAGGCAGGCGAGCAGCAAGGCAGGCGAGCAGCAAGGCAGGCGAGCAGCAAGGCAGGCGAGCAGCAAGGCAGGCGAGCAGCAAGGCAGGCGAGCAGCAAGGCAGGCGAGCAGCAAGGCAGGCGAGCAGCAAGGCAGGCGAGCAGCAAGGCAGGCGAGCAGCAAGGCAGGCGACUGA